GAGAGGCGAGUGAGAAAACGCGAGAUGCGAGUACGUUUGGAAAGUGUGUGGUGCCCUAACCUGUCGAGGUAACGAAGAGUUCCAUACUCGCCCGCAAAUCUCACUCACUCUUCUCUGCUACGAUCUUCAAUCUCUGUUGGACUUCUUCACUUGCCGUAUGUUGUAAAAAAAUUUAAGAGAGAAAAAAAAAAAAAAAAUGCCCUCAAUCGGAAUAGACCUUGAACAGCCAUCAGGAGAACAUUAUAAGGAAGACAGUAGGCCAAAUGUGAACGAAGAUGCGGAGGAUGCUGGAGGUGAAGUGCAUGGCAGGGAUGGAGCAACUGCUUGCUCUCCUAAGAUUGCUGUACAUGAUAAAGAAAACACAGGACCAAAUGUGAGUGGAUUCACAUCAAAUAGCAGACAGAAAGUGCAUGCCGAAGAUGGAGUUGCUGUGAAUUUUCAUACCAAUUUAGAGCCAUGUGAUGGUAUGGAAUUUGACUCCAAGGAGGAUGCGUUUUCAUUUUAUAAAGAAUACGCCAAGUCUGUUGGUUUUGCCACCAUAAUAAAGGCCAGCCGUCGAUCAAGAAUCUCUGGAAAAUUUAUUGAUGCAAAAUUUGUGUGUACUAGAUAUGGAAGCAAGCGAGAAUCUAGUACAUCUGAAACUCCAGAACUUGUUUCAAAUGCAGACGGCUCAGCAAACAUUCCUAUUAAGAGAAAACGAGGAAGAAUAAAUCGAUCUUGGUCAAAGACGGAUUGCAAGGCUUGCAUGCAUGUUAAGAGAAGGCAGGAUGGAAGAUGGAUUAUUCGUAGUUUCGUAAAGGAGCAUAACCAUGAAAUUUUUCCAGAUCAAGCCUAUUACUUUCGAGGUCACAGAAACAUAGAUCUAGGCAACAGUAAUGUUGAUGCCUUGCAUGCUAUCCGAGCAAGAACAAAAAAGAUGUACGUCACAAUGUCCAGAAAGACUGGUGGAAUUAAGAAAUUUGUGAAUCAAAAGAGUGGCAUCAUUAAUGGUAGUAGUGGGCAGCUUUUAGCUUUAGAGGAGGGAGAUGCACAGGUUAUGCUUGAACAUUUUAUGUGCAUGCAAGAUGAGAAUCCCACCUUCUUCUAUGCACUAGAUUUGAAUGAAGAACAGCGUUUGAGAAAUGUUUUCUGGGUUGAUGGCAAAGGUAGGCUUGACUAUGGAAAUUUUGGCGACGUAGUGUUUUUUGACACUACAUAUAUCAAGAACGAAUACAAAUUGCCGUUUGCUCCCUUUAUUGCAGUGAACCAUCACUUUCAGUUUGUGUUGCUUGGAUGUGCAUUGAUUGCAGAUGAGACUAAAUCUACAUAUGCUUGGGUGAUGCAAGCGUGGCUUAGAGCAAUGGGUGGACAAGCUCCUAAAGUGAUAUUGACUGACCAAGACAAAGUCUUAAAAGAAGCUAUCGCUGAUGUUUUUCCUGUUUCUCGCCAUUGUUUUUGUUUGUGGCAUAUACUGAGCAAGAUUCCGGAGAAACUCAGUUAUGUGUUAAGGCAACAUGAAAACUUUAUGACUAAAUUUAACAAAUGUAUUAUUAAGUCUUCAACAGAUGAGAAGUUUGAAAAGAGAUGGUGGAAAAUUGUUGAUAAAUUCAAUCUAAGAAAUGACAUAUGGUUUCAAUCAUUGUAUGACGAUCGUGAACGAUGGAUUCCAACAUACAUGAGAAACAUUUUCUUGGCUGGGAUAUCUACAACGCAACGGUCGGAAAGUAUAAACUCCUUUUUUGAUAAAUACAUGCAACGGAGAACUACGUUGAAGGAAUUUUUAGACCAUUACAAAGCAAUUUUACAAGAGAAGUAUGAAGAGGAAGCAAAAGCAGAUUUUGAGUCAUGGCAUAAACAACCAGGAUUAAAAUCCCCCUCACCCUUCGGGAAACAAAUGGCAACAGUUUACACACAUGCUAUAUUCAAGAAGUUCCAAGUAGAGGUUUUGGGAGUUGUUGCUUGUCAUCCAAAGAAAGAAAGUGAAGAUGGUGCAAUCAUGAUGUUCAAAGUUCAAGAUUUUGAAGAGAAUCAAGAUUUUGUUGUAGUGAGGAAUGAAAUGACAUCUGAUAUUUCUUGCACUUGCCGUUUAUUUGAAUACAGUGGUUUCCUUUGUAGACAUGUCAUGAUUGUUCUUCAAAUGUCCGGUGUGCAUAACAUUCCAUCUCAAUAUAUUUUGAAACGCUGGACAAAGGAUGCAAAAAGUAGACAAACCACGAGACAAGAGCUACAUAUGAUUGAGUCCAGGGUUCAACGCUACAAUGAUCUAUGUCAACGGGCUUUUAUAUUGGGUGAUGAAGGAUCUUUAUCUCAAGAGAGUUACAAUAUUGCUUUCAAUGCACUGGAAGAAGCUUUGAGAAAGUGUGAGAGUAUGAAUAACUCAGUUCAACCUGUAUUGGAGCCCAGCUCUCCAUCAACUCGUGGUCUUAAUGACUUUGAAAAAGUGAUCCAAGGUAACAGUACAAGCAAGACAAAUAAAAAGAACAGUAUGUGUAGAAAAGGAAAGGUACAGUCAGAGCCAGAAGUAAUAACAAUUGGGAUGCAUGAAACCUGGCAGCCAAUGGGACACUCAAAUUUACAAGCACCAACCCUUGAUUGUUCUUAUGAUACGCAAGAGAGCAUACAAGGGAUGGAACAAUUGAACUCGAGAGUUCCAAACCUUGAUGGCUAUUUUGGCACUCAACAAAUUGUACAAGGAAUGGGACAUUUAAAUACCCUUGCUCCUGGCCGUGAUGAUUUUUAUAGCAAUCAACAGAGCAUGCAGGGGCUGGGGCAAUUAAAUUCAAUAGCACCAAUUCAUGAUGGUCAUUACCUUACUCAACAAAGAUUGCAGGGGCUGGGGCAAUUACAUUUCAGACCACACAGUAUUCAGAGUUGUUUUGACAUUCAAGACAGUUUGCAAGAUAUGGAUCAGUCUAAUGUGGGACCUGCACAGUUGCAUGGCAUGGCUGCAAAACACUUGCUCUCGAAACACCUCUCUCAGUAGUUCUGGGUUUUUAGUUGCCGUACAGAAGUGGUUAUAUUUUCAGCACUGAUAUGCAUCAUGUAGUGAAGAUCACUGAUUGUCAGCAAAUGGCUUGAUGGGCUGCCGCCCUUAGGUGAGAGCUAUACAGGGUGGAGUCAAGACAGGGUGUUUGUACAAAGAUAAUUCAGUUUAAAAGUUGAAUCUUUCUAGUUUUGGUGCGUUGACAGCGAGUUUUAGUGCUACCAUUGGUGUUUUCCAGAGAGAUGAUGGACUACAACUGUUGAUGAUAAUAUAUUUCCAGGGGGUGGAUAUGGGAAAAAGAUGUAUUGAUUUAGGUUUCUUUACGUAGAGCUCUUUUGUAAAUAUUGUUGUUGCCUUGUCAAGUUUGGUUAAUACAGCUGUAUUUAUUUGAUUAGUCUAAAUUAUUUCUUUCACUGGGUUCACUGCAUUCU